GAGGCAUUACGGCGUUGUCGGCCUCAACGGGUCCAACGGCGUCAGAUAUUGUUCAAAAUCAGGGACAUAAGGGACGUCUGUGUAGUCGUUGGUGCAUGGGGAGAGAACUGAUAAGCUAUUAAUAAAGUGUUACCUUACAAGUAGUACAUUGUUAUGAUUACCUUUUAGUGUACAUAAAACUAAUAUGUGAAAGGUUGCAUCACGUUUAAAUGUGAACUACGGGACAGGAAAUGUCAGAUGAAAAGCUGCUGUUGAGAUUGGAUCAUCCCCAUGGGCCUGGAGACACUUUCAUCAGCUGGCAACAUGGCAGUGGUGGUUUCUUUGCCACUACAGGGGUUGAUCAGUCUGUUGUGAUCUAUGAUCACCAUGGCAGGAAAGUGGAGCAUAUCCCUCUGCAAGGGGCAUGCACUGGCUUUGGAUGGGAUGUGGACGGUGAUCUGCUAGCCAUCAUAACAUCAAGCUCACCACACAUCAUACUGUGGGAUGCCAACACAGGCAAGAAGAGUCAAGUGGACACAGGACUCCGGGAUUCCAUGAGCUGUGUCCGAUGGUCCAAAAUAGGAUCAGUGCUUGCAGUUGGCACUGCUAGGGGUAACCUCACCAUCUAUAAUCACAGCACAGCAAAACGUAUACCAGUCCUUGGGAAACAUACCAAGAGGAUCAGCUGUGGGGCCUGGAGCACGGAGAAUUUGUUGGCAUUAGGCUCUGAAGAUAAAACCCUUUCCAUCAGCAAUACUGAAGGUGACACCCUGCGUAUCAUUUCCCUGCGCUCCGAGCCUAGUGACAUCCAGUUCUCUGAGAUGAAACUUGAUGAGCGAUUGGAUGGAGAGCAUACUGUGAGCGUGCUGGUGGGCCGCAAGACACUGUUCCUCUACAAUCUUCAUGACCCUGAGAAUCCUGUGGAGUUGGCCUUCCAGCAGCGUUAUGGGUCUGUGGUUACCUACAAGUGGUUUGGGGAUGGCUACAUUUUGCUGGGCUUCAGUGCAGGCUUCUUUGUGGCAAUAUCCACACACAUGAAGGAGGUGGGACAGGAGCUGUUCCAGGCAAAGAAUCACCGGAACUCACUGAAUGAUAUUGCUGUCUGCAGUCGACUAGGCAAGGUGGCUUCCUGUGGUGAUAAUCAGGUGAAGAUCCAUGACAUGUCAAACCUGCAGGAGACUUCCAGUGUUUUGACUGUGGAGGAGGAUGAAGUUGAGCGUCUCUCCUGGAGUGAGGAUGGACAACUGCUGGGAGUGGUGACACACAGUGGCACAAUCUACAUUUAUCUGUCUCAGCUGCCCAUUAUUUGGUCAGUCUUCAACACCCAUGCUGCUGUGCUGACCAGCCUUACUGAGCUCACUCUGUACAGCUGUGAGAGCAAAGCUCCAACCCCCCGGCUCACUGUGCAUCUGCCAAUGGAACCAAGUUUCAUGUCUCUGGGUCCAUAUCACUGUGCAGCAGGCAUGAACAACCGAGCAUGGUUCUAUGAGCUGGGGCAGAACAAAGCCACACUACUGCGUGACCGGGAGUACCUUGGAACGGUGAGCAGCCUGAGGCUCAGUGCAGACUAUGCCUCAGUUCUGUAUGAGGGGAAAAUACAGCUACACAUGAUUGAGACGCCAGAUGUCAGCAGCGAGGACAGAGAAUCGAAGAUGUUCCCCUCUCAACACCCACUUGACAUGAACAUCACUGCUCAUGCCCUUACCACUGACUUCUUGAUCUAUGCUUCGAGCAUGGGACAUAUCCAUUAUUUCUUCCUUGAAGACUGGAAGCUGGUGACAGACUUCCAGCACACUGCUGGCAUCCGCGAGCUGUAUGCAGACCAGACAGGCAUUCGCCUUAUUGUGGUGGAUGAUCGGAGUGAGGGCUACGUAUACAGUCCAAUAGCAGAUGAGAUGUUGAAGAUACCCGAUUUUCCUGCCAGCUGCUCUGGUGCUCUGUGGGACUGUGAUGCACAAGAACAUAAUGUGUUCAUAGUGUUUGAUGACACCAAGAUCAUCACAUAUCUGUAUGACAAAGAUUCUAUUGAAGGCACAAGCGUAAUAAACGCAGGCUUAUGCAAGCUGCCAACCAAUCAGGUUCCACUGCUUCUGUUCGGUGGACAAGUAGUGUUGGAGACUGCUAGCGGUAAGCUGACGCAAAUGACACUGCCCACACAUGAGAUUUCAGGACCCAGCAUACAUGAUAUUCAGAAGGGAAGCCUUCAGCAGACCCUGGAUAGGCAGUUGAAGUUACACAGAUUCUCUGAGGCAUGGAAGACAUGUCAGGUACUCAACAGGAAGGAGGCGUGGGAGCAACUGACAGAAGGUCUGUUGAGGAGCCUCGAGAUUGAGUUUGCCAUCCGUGUGUACCGUCACAUUGGAAAUGUGGGAAUGGUGUGGUCCCUGCAGUCCAUACAGAAUAUUGAGGACCAGAGGCUCCUGGCUGGACAUGUUUCCAUGUUCCUUCAGGACUUCGACAGGGCUCAGGACUGGUACCUCAAGUCAAGUCAGCCCGUAGCUGCACUGCACAUGAGGCAGGAUCUGCUGCACUGGGACCAAGCCCUUCAGUUGGCAGCGAAGCUGGCACCUGAACAAGUCCCAUACAUUGCACGCGAGUAUGCCCAGCAGCUUGAGUUCAUAGGAAACUAUGCUGAGGCUUUGAGCCACUAUGAGCGUGGGUUACUGGAGGCACAUACCACUGAGGGCAAGAAGCCGCACCCUGAUGAGGAGACUCACAACAUGCAGUGUCGAGCAGGGGUGGCUCGCACUGCAAUUCGCUGUGGGGAUAUUCGCCGCGGUGUGUCCAUUGCCGCAGAUACAUCCAGCAGUCGCCAGCUGAAGCGGGAAUGUGCUGACAUUCUGGAGAGCAUGAAGCAGCACCUGAAUGAUGCAGCCAUGUUGUAUGAGAGUGGACUGUUCUAUGAUAAAGCUGCAUCAGCUUAUAUCCGGCUCAAGAACUGGGAGAAAGUUGGAGAUGUACUCCCUAAUGUCACCUCGCCCAAGAUUCAUCUGCAGUAUGCCAAGGCCAAGGAGGCAGAUGGGAAGUACCAGGAGGCACUGAAAGCAUAUGAGAUGGCACGUGACAUGGACAGUGUCGUGCGCCUGAACCUGGACCACCUGAACAACCCAGAGGAGGCAGUGCAUGUGGUUCAGGAGACCAAAAGCAUAGAAGGUGCCAAGAUGGUGGCAAGGUUCUUCCAGAGGCUCGGUGACUACCGCUCUGCCAUUCGGUUCUUGGUUCUGUCUCGCUGUCAUGAUGAGGCAUUCCAGCUGGCAAGGCAGCAUCACCAGAUGGAGCUGUAUGGUGAGGUACUGACAGACUCAUUAGAGGCAGAUGUGAAGCCACAAGACUUCAACAGCCUCGCUCUGCACUUUGAAGGGGAAAACAACAGUAUGCUGGCUGGCAAAUACUACUACCAUGCAGGGGACUACAGUAAGGCACUGAAGCAUCUCAUGCAAGUAUUGAAAGCAAACUCGGAGGAUCCAAAAGUCAUCUCGUUGGCUAUUGAAGUUGUGGCUGUUGCCAGUGACGAUCAUUUGGCCAGUCAGCUCAUAGAGUUCCUGUUGGGUGAGGCGGAUGGCAUUCCCAAAGACCCAAAGUUCUUAUUUCGACUGUACAUGGCGCGGCACCAAUACCGGGAAGCUGCCAAAACGGCCAUCAUUGUCGCCAGUCAGGAGCAGAUCAACGGCAACUACCGGAAUGCCCAUGAUGUUCUGUUCGAGAUGUAUCAAGAGCUGCGUCGGAAUGGCAUCAAGAUUCCAACAGAGAUGCAUUCAAAUCUGAUGCUUUUGCACUCGUACAUUUUGGUGCGCCUGCAUGUGAGGCAGGGAGAACACCUGAAAGGUGCACGUAUGCUUAUCAGGGUUGCAAACAACAUCUCAAAGUUUCCAUCCCAUGUUGUGCCCAUCCUGACAUCAACAGUGAUUGAGUGCAGUCGUGCUGGGCUUAAGGCAUCUGCUUUCAGCUAUGCUGCCAUGCUGAUGCGUCCAGAAUAUCGCUUGCAGGUGGACCCAAAGUACUCCAAGAAGAUAGAAGCUGUGGUGCGCAAACCAGGCUCAAAGCUGUCGGCGGCAAAUGAGGAGGAGGAGCCAAGCUCGCCCUGCCCGUACUGUGAUGGGCCUUUGCCCGUGACAGAGCUGAACUGCGUCCAUUGCAAGAACAGUGUGCCAUUCUGCAUUGCCACGGGGCAGCACAUUGUGAAGGAUAAUCUCACUGCCUGUCCGAACUGUGACUUCCCGGCCAUCUUGCCCGAACUUCAGCUGAUUGUGGAGUCUGGAGAAGCUUGCCCCAUGUGCUGUAAGGCUAUCUCCGUAGAUCAGCUGAGGAAAGUUGCAGAUGUGAAGUCCUAUCUUUACCAGCAAGGCGAGGACUGAAUAUGUAUGCAGAACCAUCACAUUAAAAUGAACUUCAAGUCAGAUAUUCACAUGGCAUACUAUAGAGGCCGCACAGGGAGGUCAUACCAGACACUUGCAGCAUGCACAUAAUCAUGCACAGCUGUUUGUUGCUUUUGUUCGUCACAGUCAAUAAAAGUAAAUGGAAGUACCCUUUAUUGUUUGGUGAUGUAAGAUCGCAGGCCCAUUGGAAAUUUGGUUAGGGGCAGCUGUUUUAACACUGAGAAAUUACAAUGGUUGGCUAA